AGAUAAGAAGUUUCAAAUUUCUCCGUCAUCAUUUAAACCGGUAAUUAUGAUUGGUGAAAACCAUAGCAAUUUUCUAAUUCAUCUAGAAGCUCGAUGAGCAGAAUGACCUCUAUAAUAAUUGCACAAAACUCCAUUCCUAUUCACUCCUCACACUCAAAACCAUAAUGGCAAUCCCUUCACUUUAACCUUCUUUCUUACUUCUAAAUUAAACUCAACAAUUUAUCUGCGAAAUUAAACAAUUUUUGCUUAACAUGGGUAGUGAAGAGUGUAAUUUGCACAUAUUCUUCUUUCCUUUCUUAGCUCAUGGCCACAUGAUUCCCACCGUUGACAUGGCCAAACUCUUUGCUUCAAGAGGAGCCAAAGCCACCAUAAUCACCACACCAAUAAACGAACCUUUCAUCUUCAAAACCAUAGAAAAAGCUAAGACUCAUGGCAAAGGUAGUAUCCACAUCAAAACCGUCGAGUUUCGCCCCGUUGACUUUGGUUUACCUGAAGGUUGCGAUAACGUUGACUUUAUUCGUUCAUCGGAUAAGAUUCCUCUGUUCUUUGAAGCCACUAGGUUUCUACAAGAACCAUUUGAGCGGUUAUUGAUUCAGCAUAAUCCUGAUUGUGUUGUCUCUGAUAUGUUCUAUCCAUGGACUACUGAUUCUGCUGCUAAGUUUGGGAUUCCUAGGAUUAUGUUUCAUGGAACUAAUUUCUUCUUCAUGUGUGUUAGUGAAUCUACCAGACUCUAUGAGCCUCACAAGAAUGUUUCUUCCGAUUCGGAAUACUUUGUCAUUCCUAAUCUACCGGAUGAGAUUAAAAUGACAAGGAUGCAGAUGCCGCCUUUCGCUUUGCACAACGAAGGAAAAGGCACGCACCCCAUCGCCAAAUUGUCGAAGGAAGCAAUCGAAUCAGAGAAGAAGAGCUAUGGAACAGUGGUUAAUAGUUUCUACGAACUGGAGAAAGAUUAUGCAGAUCAUUUCAGGAAUGUUCUUGGAAGAAAAGCAUGGCAUAUUGGACCUUUGUUUCUUAUAAACAAGGACGACACUCAAGACAAAGCUCAAAGAAGAAAAGAUGCAUCUAUUGAUGAAAACGAGUGUUUGAAGUGGCUUGACACAAAGAAGCCCAAUUCAAUUGUUUAUGUUUGCUUUGGAAGCAUUGCGAAUUUUCCGGAUUCUCAGCUAAGAGACAUUGCUAUUGGUCUCGAGGCGUCGGGGCAACAUUUCAUUUGGGUAGUGAAGAAAAGCAAGGAAGAUGGAGAUGAGUGGCUACCAGAGGGGUUCGAGAAGAGAAUGGAAGGAAAGGGACUAAUCAUAAGAGGUUGGGCGCCACAAGUGUUGAUUCUUGAGCACCAAGCAAUCGGAGCCUUUGUUACUCAUUGUGGUUGGAAUUCGACUUUAGAAGCAGUGACUGCUGGGGUGCCAAUGGUAACUUGGCCUAUUGCGGCAGAGCAGUUUUACAAUGAGAAAUUGGUGACUGAGAUUCUUAAAAUCGGAGUGCCCGUUGGCGCGAAAAAAUGGUUGAGAUUGAUAGGGGAUACGGUUAAAUGGGAGGCAGUGGAGAAAGGUGUGAAGAAAAUAAUGGUAGGAGAAGAAGCAGAGGAAAUGAGGAAUAAGGCUAAAGUGUUGUCUCAGUUGGCUAAGAGUGCUGUGGAAAAGGGAGGAUCAUCGUACUCUGAUUUAGAUGCACUCAUUGUGGAGUUGGCUUCACACAAGCACUGAUUUCCCAUAUUUUAAAAAUAGAUUACUCGUUUUAAUUUAGCAACUUCAGUUGUAAUUUUAAAUCACAAGGUUUUUCUUGCCAAUGAGUUAUAA